AUGCACCACAUUGCCGCCAUCCUUCCCAUCCCCCACCUUCUACGCCGCCAAUCAGAGAACGCAGCAACCCGCCUGCGCACCCUCCCCGCUAACUCCCAAGUCCUUGCCCGCACUCCCUCGUCUUGGGAGGAACACUCGCCCUCUGUACCCUUCCCCGUCCGUCCUCAAGACGAAUCAUCCACGAAACCGCCAACCAUCAUCCACCACCUUGCCAAUCUCACCCACCCCGACUCCGAACGCCUUUUCCCCUACAACACAGCUCCCUGGGAGCGCCACCACCCCUGGGGUGCUCGCCUCGACAUACAGUUCCCCCGCCAACGCCUAUCGCCUCAGGACCGUGCAGACUACAUUCGCUCGGUCCGCCGCCGCAUCUCAGCGCUCAACGCAAAUGCAACGGCGCUCACCGUCUACACUGACGGCUCGCGCAAGCCGGUCAACGGCCGCCGCCGCACAGGAGCCGGUCUCGUCGCUUUAUCUCAAGGCGACGUAGUCCACUCCGCGCGCAUUCCCCUUGGCCGCCGCGCAGGCAUCUAUGAUGCCGAGAUGUGGGCGCUCGCAGCAGGCGCUGCUCGCACGCGCGACCUCCUCAGCCAACACUCUCACCUCAGAACAAUU